CCUCUUUUGGUUUUGUAUUUAGGAUAUGAAUUACACACAACCAAAGUAGUCAGAAACAGUGUGUAUAAAUGUCAUAAGUGAAAUCAGAAAUUGGUAUUGAGAAGAAGACAAAAAUGUUAAGGAUUUUGAGUAGAAGAGCAGUAUCAACUUCGGAAGAGCUUACUAGUAAUAUUCAACAAUGGCGGAUGCGACCAGGAACCGAUUCUCGCCCCGAUCCUUUUCGAAUUUUCCGGCGACUUCAAAAGGGUUUCUGCGUGGGCGUUCUCCCGGACGGAGUGGAUAGAAAUUCGGAAGCUUUUUCUAGUAACUCGAUCGCCAUGGAAGGGAUCUUAUCGGAGCUUCGUUCCCACAUCAAAAAGGUAUUGGCUGGAGGUGGAGAGGAGGCGGUGAAGAGGAACAGAAGUAGAAACAAGCUUUUGCCUAGAGAGAGGAUUGAUCGGCUUCUUGAUCCUGGUUCUUCCUUUUUGGAGCUCUCUCAGCUUGCAGGACACGAACUGUAUGAGGAGCCUUUACCUUCUGGCGGCAUAAUCACAGGGAUAGGACCAAUUCAUGGCCGUCUUUGUAUGUUCAUGGCAAAUGAUCCUACAGUAAAAGGGGGGACUUAUUAUCCCAUUACUAUCAAGAAACAUCUCAGGGCACAAGAGAUUGCUGCUCGGUGCAGACUCCCCUGCAUAUAUCUUGUUGACAGUGGCGGUGCUUAUCUUCCAAAACAGGCUGAGGUUUUCCCUGACAAGGAGAAUUUCGGAAGGGUUUUCUACAAUGAGUCGGUUAUGUCGUCUGAUGGAAUUCCACAGAUCGCCAUUGUUUUAGGCUCAUGCACUGCCGGCGGUGCCUAUAUACCUGCCAUGGCUGAUGAAAGUGUAAUGGUGAAAGGGAAUGGUACCAUAUUUUUGGCAGGACCUCCACUUGUCAAGGCUGCUACAGGAGAGGAAGUUUCAGCUGAGGAUUUAGGAGGCGCCACGGUUCACUGUACUGUGUCUGGUGUGUCGGAUUAUUUUGCUCAAGACGAGCUACAUGGACUCGCUAUUGGAAGAAACAUUGUCAAGAAUUUGCACAUGGCUGCAAAACAAGGGAUGGAAGGAACAUUUGGAAGCAAAAAUCUUGAAUACAAGGAACCGCUCUAUGACAUAAACGAGCUUCGCUCCAUUGCUCCAGUAGAUCACAAGCAGCAAUUUGAUGUCCGGUCUAUUAUAGCUCGGAUUGUUGAUGGGAGUGAAUUUGACGUCAAGAAACAAUACGGCACUACGCUUGUGACGGGGUUUGCUAGAAUAUACGGUCAGACAGUAGGAAUCAUCGGGAACAAUGGCAUACUGUUCAAUGAAUCUGCACUAAAAGGAGCUCACUUCAUUGAAUUAUGUUCUCAACGUAAAAUUCCUCUUGUUUUCCUCCAAAACAUCACAGGCUUUAUGGUGGGUUCAAGAGCUGAGGCCAAUGGCAUUGCAAAAUCUGGAGCGAAAAUGGUGAUGGCAGUAUCUUGUGCUAAGGUACCAAAGAUUACAAUUAUAACCGGUGCAAGCUUUGGUGCUGGAAACUAUGCGAUGUGUGGCCGUGCUUACAGUCCAGACUUCAUGUUCAUGUGGCCAAAUGCCAGGAUUGGCAUCAUGGGCGGCGCUCAGGCUGCGGGUGUUUUAACACAAAUCGAAAGGGCUACUAAGAAGAGGCAAGAAAUCAAGUGGACAGAGGAAGAGGAAGAAGCAUUCAAGAAGAAAACGGUGGAUGCAUACGAGAGAGAAGCAAAUCCUUACUUCUCCACGGCGAGGCUUUGGGAUGAUGGAGUGAUUGAUCCUUCUGAUACCAGAAAGGUUUUGGGACUUUGUCUCUCUGCUGCUUCAAACCGUCCUUUAGAAGAUACUCGAUUUGGUGUCUUUAGAAUGUAAACAGCUUUUCUUUUUAAACUAAUUAACCACUUUCAAAUAAAUGGAAAACUUUUCACAUA